AUGGCCCAGCCAGGGUCCGGCUGCAAAGCGACCACCCGCUGCCUUGAAGGGACCGCGCCGCCCGCCAUGGCUCAGUCGGACGCUGAGGCCCUGGCAGGCCCUCUGGACAAGGACGAGGGUCGGGCCUCUCCCUGUACGCCCAGCACGCCAUCUGUCUGCUCACCGCCCUCUGCCGCCUCCUCCGUGCCGUCUGCCGGCAAGAACAUCUGCUCCAGCUGCGGCCUCGAGAUCCUGGACCGAUAUCUGCUCAAGGUCAACAACCUCAUCUGGCACGUGCGGUGCCUCGAGUGCUCCGUGUGUCGCACGUCGCUGAGGCAGCAGAACAGCUGCUACAUCAAGAACAAGGAGAUCUUCUGCAAGAUGGACUACUUCAGCCGAUUUGGGACCAAGUGCGCACGGUGCGGCCGACAGAUCUACGCCAGCGACUGGGUCCGGCGGGCACGCGGCAAUGCCUACCACCUGGCCUGCUUCGCUUGCUUCUCGUGCAAGCGCCAGCUGUCCACGGGCGAGGAGUUUGGCCUGGUCGAGGAGAAGGUGCUCUGCCGCAUCCACUACGACACCAUGAUUGAGAAUCUCAAGAGGGCCGCCGAGAACGGGAACGGCCUCACGCUGGAGGGGGCAGUGCCCUCGGAACAGGACAGUCAGCCCAAGCCGGCCAAGCGCGCGCGGACGUCCUUCACCGCCGAGCAGUUGCAGGUUAUGCAGGCGCAGUUCGCGCAGGACAACAACCCCGACGCGCAGACGCUGCAGAAGCUUGCGGACAUGACGGGCCUCAGCCGAAGGGUCAUCCAGGUGUGGUUUCAAAACUGCCGGGCGCGUCAUAAAAAGCACACACCACAGCAUCCCGUGCCGCCCUCCGGGGCGCCGCCGUCCCGCCUCCCCUCCGCCCUGUCCGACGACAUCCACUACUCCCCGUUCAGCAGCCCCGAGCGGGCUCGCAUGGUCACCCUGCACGGCUACAUUGAGAGUCAUCCUUUUUCAGUACUAACGCUGCCGGCACUUCCGCAUCUGAGCAUGGGCGCCCCGCAGCUGCCCCUCAGCCGCUGAAAUCCGGAGUCCGAGCCGCUGCCAGGGAUCCACCCGCUCUGCCUCCACCCCUCAUCUGCCAUCCUGCCCACCACCAGCUGGGCCCCUGGGCCUGGCCUUCCCCUCUCCUGCCGAGAACCAGAACCCGCCAGGAGCACCGCGGAGCCCUCCUCCCUGAAGGCAGAGCUCCCUGAAAUUUGGAACCAGGGUGAAAACAACAGCCUGUGUUUCCCAUUUAGACAGGAGUCGUCUUCAACUUAAGCUGAUUACAAUAGCAAAAGGCCGAAUUGAAUCGCACGACGCCAACAGCCUUCCAAUUUACAGGUUUUCUUUCCUCCCAUAUUGGCCUUUAUUUACUACUUCCUUGGAACCAUCUCUGAAUUCUGAAUAGCCGACAACCCCCAAUGUUAUCCACUCUGUUGCUUUUGUUUGGAAAACUCUACAGUGUUUGUGGGAUGUCCCCAAAGGAAAGCUAUGUUCUAAUUUUAUCAUUUCCAUCUGUCUGGUUAUGUCAAGUUAAUUCAGAGAGAGAAGAGACACUGACCAACCCUGAGAGGCCCAAUAGGGCAGAGAUGGAGGCCU